AGGUAUGUAUGUAAGUAUGAGAAGAAGAAGCUGGAGAUGGAAGUCGAGAUCAACGCCCGGAAAUGACGUUUUACCCCAUUGAGGCAGGCCUCUAGGGCUUAGGGCACGGGGCGGGCAUGGGCGGGCGGCGGCUGGGCUUCAGUUCUUUCCCGCGGCAUCUUAUCUCUAGUUAAGUGUUUAUCGACCUUGCUGUUGUCUAUCUUCUUCCCCAGCUGGCUGGUUUGCUCCCUCAUUCUCUUCCCUUCCUUCUCUAUCCUUCCUCCACGCCCACCUUCUCUUUUUCUCUUCUUUAUUAUCAUCUUCGCUCCUUUCGCUUCCCGCCAUGGCUGCUGCGGGAGUCUCUCAGGCCAGCUCCCCGCGCUUACCCAGUCCGCCCCCAUUCACGGAGGUUCAGAUCGGGCCCAAGUCGCCUUCGGUCGGCGAGUCCUUCGACUCGGAGACCGAGCAAUUGCUGGGCGCUUCGCAAACCGCCGAGGAUGGCUCAACUCGCCGCAUUCGCCCGGGCACCCGCGCCAUUGAUAUGGCUUUUGGUCCGCCGUUGGUCCCUCUUUCGCAGCUCGAUUCCCCCUUUCAACUUCAGGAACAUCUCAAGGCCCUCUACAAUCAUUUCACGCGACCUGAAGGCUCAGACACCAUCAUUCCCAUCAGCCGCGAUGUCGCGAUCCAGCUGGCGGAGCCGCCGGACGGCGUCGACCGCUCGCUCUGGCUGUACGAACUUUGCCGCUUCCUGACCAUGAAAGCCAACAACCUCAUCGUCGCCUUCUUCGCCGACUCCCCCCCUUGCUCCGCACAGACUUGCCCCGAGAUGCGAGCCUCGGAAUGGCAGUAUCUCUGCGCCGUCCACGAUCCGCCCAAGGCAUGCUGCGCCAUCGACUACUGCUGCCACACCCUCGACUGGGCCACCAACAUCCUCACAUCGCCCAAAUACUUUCCCAGUCGGCUGACGUUGGGCGCGGAGGGUGGGGGCAGCGCCCAGGCGAGCAUGCGGCACCUGACAAAUAUCUUCCGCCGACUGUAUCGCAUCUUCGCGCAUGCCUGGUUCCAGCACCGGGAGGUUUUCUGGCAGGUCGAAGGACACGAUGGACUCUAUAUCUUCUUCAAGACCGUCUGUGACAUGUACAGUCUUAUCCCGGAGGAUAAUUAUACGGUGCCGGCGGAAGCGGAGGGACUGGAUGUUCAGCCACACCCGGCGGCCGCGGCGACGACAGCUUUCGAGCAUGGUGAUGGGCGGAGAGUGACGAUCCUGCGGAAGGAUAACGAGCCGUUCCCCGGCCCCAUGGAGCCACCGUCGAUCAGCACGGGCGCCACCACGAGGCGCCACAAGGGAAGCUCGUCGAUCAGCUCCGGGGUGACUACCAUUAAUGAGAGCGCUGAGGAUGAUGACCAGCCGAAGCAGCAGGCCGUCGCGGCGGCUACGGCUGCAGUAGCUGCCGCUGCCGCUUCUGCUGCUGCCGUUGGCGGUGGUCAGAGCAAGCCGGAGCCCGCACCGCAGGCUCCUGAAGAACCCCAGCAGGCUGCUGAGCAGACGUCACGCGGUAGUCCUGCAUCGCAGGUGACCGUUGCUGAGGUGCACGACGAUGAACAGGGGGCUAAGCCACAGACUGAGAGCGACACUGAAGCUGCAGCUGUAGCCGAAGCUGCUCCGGAGUCCGCAGCCGAGGAGCAGACAGAGAACACCGAAGCAGAGGUCAAGGCCAACACGGAUGAAGCUCCGACAGAGGAAACCUCGGCGGAAAAGCCGUCAGCGGCUGACGAGCCCUCUAUAGAGACUACAGAGGCCGAGCCCGCGCAGAAGGCGUAGGGCUGCGCAAUUUGUUUCCUUUUCAUGUGAUGGCUUGUGUCUAUACCACGGUUGUAAUUUGUGUCGUUUUGGUACCAGGAGAGGGAUGUAAUAUACGACUCGAGCGAG